CGUGCCUUAGUCGGCCGCGCCGGCUCCCAGGAUACAGCGUGGACCUGCCGGGCGCUAAAGGUGUUGGUGCUACUGCGGGCGGCUCCAGGCAUGGGUACCCAGGGAGAAGCGGCGGCGGGGGCAAGGACGGGCGGGCGCAGUCUGCGGAGAGCACUGGGAGGCGGGGCCUGCGUGGGGCCGCGCGCAGCACCGCGGCGACUUUCUUCGGGCCGCGACGGACAGCGCAGGGCCACGGAGGAGGUGGCCGCGGCUCCGAUUCCUCCGUGGACAAUGGCAGCCAACAUUCAUGCCAUGGAGAGGAAGAUUGAAUGGCAGGCUGCUCGCCUGCUUUCCCUAGAAAGUCGAACUGGGAUGGCCGAGAAGAAGCUGGCCGACUGCGAGAAGACAGCCGAGGAGUUCGGGAACCAGCUGGAGGGCAAAUGGGCCGUGCUGGGAACCCUGCUGCAGGAGUACGGGCUGCUGCAGAGGCGGCUGGAGAACAUGGAGAACCUGCUGCGCAACGGGAACUUCUGCAUCCUGUGGCUGCCCCUGGGCAGCAAGGGGGAGUCCCCCAAGGUGCCCGUGGCCUUUGAUGAUGUGGCUCUGUAGUUCUCUGAGCAGGAGUGGGGCAAGCUGGAGGACUGGCAGAAGGAGCUAUACAGGCACGUGGUGAGGGGCAACUGCAAGACGCUGGUCUCUUUGGACUACGCCAUCUCCAAGCCCGAGGUCCUCUCCCAGAUUGAACAAGGGAAGGAGCCCUGCCACUGGCGCCGCCCUGGCCCCAAGAUUCCAGAUGUUCCUGCGGACCCGAGUCCAGUGACCACAGAUUUCUCCGAUUCUCCACUUCACCACUUUUUCAUGGAUUGGAUCCUAUCUUCUGGUUACUAACUUUUAUCUGACACAUGGGAUUCAGCGAAUGGAGGAUAAGAGGAAAGAAGAGUAAAGGAAAAGGCAGUUCAACUCCUGCCUCAGAGUGUUGAGUGCAAGGAGGCCCUUUAUCAUGAAUGUGGAUUCUUGUCAUGACUUGGUCAUUAAUCAGCUUAGUACUGCUAAACUAAAGUGGAUCAAUGAGAAGGGAGAGAGAGCUGAGACCAUCAAGCAGACAAAGAAUUCCUCUCUUCAUUAGCUCUCCGGCUUCCUGCUCUGUUUGUGCUGGUUGCCCUGGAAAGUCUGCUGCUCAGCCCAUGCCCUGGGACUUCCUCCACCCUUACCAGGACAUUCUUUCCAUCUCUGUCUCCUGUGUGCAAGUCCCUUUUUCCUGGAUUGCCACGUCUUGAAUGUUUCUUAAUUUACUUCCUCAUUUUGGCAGAGGAUGUCCUGCAGUUGUUUUCUGGGAAUGCUAAUAUACAAGUGAACCAGUGACCUGCAGUUCUGCCCACACAGGGAUAAUGACCAAUCAGAUUCUCUCUUUUCAAGAUGGUUAACAUAACAGAUGCCAAGAAAGAGAAGAGGAGCUGACAGCAGAGGGGGAAGAUGAAAAGACCCGCAAAGAAUGGCCAUAAAAGAUAUGAGUAUGUUGAGUGAUUAGUGAUCAGAAACUACGAGUAAUAUGGUACAGGUGUUUAUAGAAGAACAGCCAUUGAUCAGGUUGGCUAUCAAUGAACUCUGGUAAAGAAGGGGUGACCUAGGCCUGAGUCCUAAAGCUUUGUUGGUGAUGUCAAAAGUCACAGUCCUUUUGAGGCUUCAAAGGCCUCAGUUGUCUGAUUAUUUCUGGAUCUCCAUGAAAAGCCCAUGACUCCUGUUUUAUUCUCACUGCACACCCCUACCUGUGAUGAGCCUGAGACACUCCAUGCCUUGUAACCCAGUGGCAAUAUCAUCAGGGUGGGGGCUGGCUGGCUGCUCAGGUGGGCCCCCCAAGCAGAGUCUCAGCGUAAGCACCAUGUUUAGGUCUCACCUUUCUGCAAUGUUUGAAUUUCACCCAAAGCCACAGUUUCAAAAAAUGAACAUUAUUUCACAACUCUAGAUCUUCCCAGUUAGAGGACUAUUCACACUCAGUAAUCAGGACCCCUUCCCACAUCAGAACAGGCAGGGGGGUCUGCAGCAAGGCUAAUGUUAGGGUGGAGAGUUUGCUGCACUGGGCCAGAGUGUCCUGGCCUCUGCCUGCCCAACAGCAGAGACCCCUCUCCAGGGAUUAUUCAGGUCCUGCUGGGAGGAACAAACACCAAGUCACAGUACCUUUCCCUUUUAUAUAUGUUUCUAGGCAACCCCAGGUUUCCAUAACCAUCAGCUUAGUAGGUCACUGUUCCCAGUGGUCAUAUCUGUUCUGAAAGAUUCCCCAUCAUCUCGAAUAAAGAUCUUUGCUUUUAGCUGUUGUUGCUUUUAACUCUAUGGAGAGACCGAAUGGAGUCAGCCCAGCAGGGCAUGCUGGGCAAGAGAGGUCUCCCGAGUCCCAAAUAAGAAUUUCAAGUAAUACAAAACGAGGCAGCGAACCCACAUGUGGAAGUCUGAUACCGCUGGCAGAAGCGAAUUGAAUAGAUGUCUCCCUGUUGGUAAGGAUGUGGUUUUAUUGACUUGAAAUAAGAAAGCCCGCAAGCAACAACCAGUCAUCCGCAGGAUACUGCCACAAGGAAUAAUUGAGCACUCACUCAGACACGGGAAACCACUGCUUCUUUCAGUCUUUCUCCCAGAUUCCAACGGUCAGUGUUAAAGCGGUUCACCUUGUUCACCUCCCUGAGAAGACGCUGCAGCUCACUCACCCCAGUGGGCACUGGGAGCCUCUGCUCAGGUGGGAAACAGAUGCCCCUACAUGCACAUCUGGUGUUUAUGAAGCAGAUACUGGGGCUUCAUAAACACAAGGGGCAGGGAAGUAGCCCCAGGGCAUAAUGUGGGGCCUCCUGACUGAAAGCUUACAAACCCCUGCCUGUAACAGCCACUUCCCUGGCAGUCAUUUUGCCACUUAGGAGCCCUCCUCACCACUCUUCCGUUAGUUCCUUCAGUCUGUACAGACCCUACCAGAGCAGCUCAGCGGGGAGCAGCUGCAACCAUGGGAUCUGCUCCAGGCAAGGCCCUAUGCUAUGCAGUCCCUGGGGGUGAGGAUUCCAGAGGAGUCAAAUCACUACCUGCGCCUCCAGGGGAUGGCCCUGUGUGGUGGAGAUGAGCAUUCCCACAGGGAAAGUGCAAGUUGCAAGGCUGUUACGGAAACACCAGGGGUUCCAUCUAGGUCUUGCUGCUCAUCUCACAAAAAGCCAGUCACUGAGAUGAGUAUUGCCAGGGAAUAAGGCUUUAUCCAGGUGCUACAGACAGGGUGAACAGGAGAUCAGUCUCAAAUCCAUCGUCAUUGACUGACUAAAAUUAGGGGUUUACAUAGCAGGGAAGAAAUGUAACUACAUGUGGGAAAACGGAUUAGGGAGGGGCAAGGAAGAGGAGUUGGCCAACAGGCAGUAGGUGGUCACCUAGGCAAUCAUGAUGGGUGAGGGGUCUGGCCUCUCACUUUCCACAUGUGGGGAUCUGGUAAAUUUCAGUUUCUUGAUACUCUCUGGGAGGAUUGCUGGUUGGUUUCCUCAGAAAGGAAUUCAGAUAACACAAAUGUAAAUUUCUCCUUGGGUUUCAAGACUGAGAGGGUCAAUUUCUAGGUUUAUUCAAGAGAAACCAUAAACAUCAGUUCUGUGGGACAAUUGGGCCCAUUUCAAGGCUCUGAGGAUAAGGGUUAAUGAGGGGACAGAGUCACCUGGAGAAGUUCACUGGGACCUACGAGAAACUGGAGAGGCUUCCUGGCAAAGCUCUAUGCCGCCUAUUCUCUCUUCUCUCCUUGCAGGAAGAUUCCAGUAUAAUAGACCCCAGAGGUGAAAAGGCUUUUGUUCAGUAAGUAGAAAACUGAAGGGGGGUGGGAGCCACAUGGAUUUGAACCAGAGACCGCUUGGCCUGCAGUGCAAGGCACUACCUUCAGUUACACCCCUCACUUGUUAUAACUGUUUCUGAUAAGCACCUGUGUGGCCCCAUCAGCACCCCGAUUUCUUCUUGGUUAGUCCAUGGGAACAGCCCCACUGCAAACAACCCAUUCCUGCUCUCCUCUUUCCUCUAAACCCCAACCUCCUCCCACCUGGCGGUCCACAGGCCUACAGCUUCUUCUCUCAAUGGGAAAGACAUCAGCUUGGAAAACCACUUGGAAAGCCAACAUUAUCCUAGAAAAGCUUUUUAAAUGACCCAGCAGGACAAGUCCCCGGAUGGCCUUGACCAACCCAGUGCUUCCCUCUUUUCUUGGUUGUAGUUCUCAGAAUAACUAGAGAAUGUGCUGGGUGUGUUGUCCUGAGAUGAGGAGGGACUGUCCUAAACCUGGACUCUGUUCCCAUCACACCUAGGACAGGAUGUCCUGCUAUGCUUUAGCCCAAUGAUCCAAAUUGCCCUUGGGGUAUAAAACUGAGAGCAGAGGGUGUUCAGGGUCCCUCAGCUGCAGUGUGAAGUGGGACACACAGGUGGACUCCAUCUGCCCUGGGCAGCUUCCUGAGCCUUGGGGAACCAGCUCACCCUAAAUCCCAGGCUUCUGUUGUCCCUUGCCUGCCUGUAAGGAAUAAAGUUGCUUUGCUUAACUUGCUA